AUGGUCGAGCGAGUGAGAACUGGACCCAUAUUUGCAACGUCGCAGCAAACCGCACGUCUUGUGAAUCGGUUCGUGGAUGCCGCACAGUAUGGCCGUUCGGCCAGGUUCGCUGCCGUUACCAUCGAUCACCAGGGUUCGAUCCUCAAUUCCGCAUCCUUCAAAGAGUCUACUCCUUCGAGGGCCGAACAGGCGGCCAUAGCUCUCGCCCUCCUGGACAAUAGUAGAUCGCACAUCUACACAGACUCUAGAUCGGCGGUUCGGGCUUUUGCUUCAAACUCCAUUUCCGACGAAGCCUCUAAAAUUCUUGGCAAUAAGAUUAUCUCCCCGCACACCAUUACUUGGUUUCCGGCACAUCUCGAUUCUAAGAUAGAUUCCCUUACCAACCUCAACGAUACUGCUAACUCUCGGGCGCGCGCCUUAACCCUCCGCGCCGGGAAGGACGCCGAUCUGCAGGGUGGCUACGUGGAACUUAAAGACAUCUUAUUCACCUUUAACGAAGUCACCACGCACUAUCGAAUGGGCAGGCGGACUUUUCCGCCCCCGCACGGUAAACUCUCCAGGUCUCAGGCAAUCACAUUAAGAAUGUUGCAGACUAGAUCAUAUCCCAGUUUAGCUUUCUUCAGCAUUAUUGCUCCGGAUACCUUCAAGUCUACCUGCCCGGACUGCGGGUCGGUCAGCAGCUUCGAUCACAUGCUCUGGCGGUGCCCCUCGUUACGGGGGCCCAAUCAAGUCACACAGGAGGAGUGGAGCUCUGCCAUCACGAGUUCCGAGCUUCUCCCACAACUCCGGGCUGUCCAAAGAGCCCACGAUGCGGCGGUGAGGCUAGGCCUCCCCGUCCCUACGUGGGAGCGGCCCGCGGUGCUGCCCUAA